AUGCCGGGACGGAAAUGCCCUCAAAAUAAUUGUCUCAGCUGUGUUUCUCUCGGCUUCUGUACAGUGAAAGGUCUGUUUUGCCCUUUUGAUUCCACGUGUCCAUCAUCCGUGGAUGUUUUGGCUUUGUGGUCACAAUUAAUUUCUCUGCCUUUUUGGUUCGAUUCCAAUAAUUUUUUUGGGUUUUUGGUUCGUUGGAUCCGGGUUUUCCAAAAAUUUUGUGCCUAUCUUGGGUUCGCUUCGAACUUGGUUGCGACCGAUCUAAUCCGGCGUUUGCAGCUUUCAAAACUAAUACUACAAAUUCUGCUUCCAGAUCAACUUAUCCACAAUUUACAAAUACCAAGAUCGUUAUUUAUCUCUUUCAAAACUAAUACUACAAAUUCUGCUUCCAGAUCAACUUAUCCACAAUUUGCAAAUACCAAGAUCGUUAUUUGUCUGUGUGUAAAUAAUGAAGAAAUCUUGGAUACCAUUCCGUUUAAAAAAGAAAAUUCUGUUUCUGACCAAAAAGGGAAAAAUGUUGUUAGUUUCUUGAGCAGCUCUGAAAACACAGUUCAAAAAACCUUAGUUGCUGAUAAUCGUAUUGCCAUCAAUAAGGGUCAAGCAUUUUUUCAGAAAAACAGAAACGGGGUUGUUGAACGUUAUAUGCAGGGCCGGCCCAGGCCCAGUGCAAGCAGGGUGACCGUCCAGGGCCCAAAAAAAUUAGGGGCACCAAAAUUAUUAGGGUGGUAUAUUUAUAUAUGUUUUUAUAAGAGUAUAAAUUUAUAAAAUUUGGU